CACCUCCUUCCUCUGUGUCGGGUUUCACACAGAGACUGUCUCCCAGGAGACCCACAAUAAACUUCCCUGAGAGCAGGACCAGCUUAUCCCAUUGCACAAGUCCCUGCUGCCUGUGUUGGAUCCCAUCCAGCCCCCCAGCACAUUCAGGCCUAUUACCCAAGCGGCCCCCCCGGAGCUGAGGAUGAAGGAGCUUCUCACCACCAGGAACCAGAACUGCUGGAAGGAGCUGAUUGAGAAGGAAACGGCCUCCAGGAUGUACUGGAAACUGAGGUACAAGGAGGAGCACCCCCAGAACCCCCCCGAGAGAAGCAGGAAGAGGAAAGAAGGGUCCCUUCCCAAUAUUGGGACCACCCUGCUCCCCCCUAUUAAUGUCCCCAAGAGACUGGUAGUGAAGCCACCGGAGGAGCCGGCCUGUGGCCUCCCAGAAGAGGGGGGGCUGGGGGAGAUGAGGGCUGCCACCCCGCGCACCUCCAGGCUACUCUAUGAUGGCUUCUCCAAGGAGGGAAAGGGCAGGUCCCUGUAUCUGAGGAGAAGGAAGGAGCUGAGCCCAGAACAGAAAUAUCCGCACCCCAUGCUCUCCUCCUGGGACUAUGGCUGGAGACUAGAUGAGAUGGUGGGAGAGGUGAAGGCGCCGGUGCAGGGGAGGUGCAAGAUAGUGCGGGACACAUUCUAUAGCCGGAAUGGAGUCGUCUCUCUCCCCCAAUUCACAGACCGGAUGCUCUGAGCGAGGCCUUUGGUUUCAUAUUUGUGUUCAACUUCGCGCCUGGUGUGUGUGGCCUUUAAUCUGCUGCUGGGGGGGCCGAGGGGGGGCUGAGCUCACGUGCAAUUCCCUGUAUCCGACCAAUGGACUUUAUUAACCUGUUUGUGUCUCUCCAAUAAAUUAACUCUGAUUUUAAUGAC